AACCGACCUUACACCUGAGCACCUCCUCACCUGAACCCUGCUCGUUUCCCCUUUUGGCUCGUUUUCUUACCUGGAGGCUCCCUCUGGUUCCUACCCAGGGAGGCCCUGACUGUGCUCUGUACGCUCCAGCCCCGCCUGCCCCACAACCCUGCCUACAUUCCCAUCUAAGCCUCACCACCUCUUGGGCACAUUGGUUGUCCAAACCCCGGUUUUGUCAUCUUGUAAUACAGGGAUAAUAGUACCCACUUUCUGGGAUUACCUCGGGAAUGAAAUAAGGUAAUACAUAGAAUAACACAGCGCCUACUCCGUCGAAGGUACUGGGUCAGUGAUGGCUUUUGCCGUCAUUAUCCUCCGGAGGUGCACUAUGACACACGCGAGGACCCUUAGCCCCGGGGGCGCGGUGAGCCCCAGAGCGCGCGUCAGUUUCCGUGGCCCCGCCCCCGGCCCUUUGUGACGUUGGGGCCGCACCUUCUACUCCCCCGUCGGCGAGCCCGCGCCCGCCGGCUCUCUCUGGCUUGGCCCGUUAGAGGCCGCUUUGGUCCGGGGAAACGCGGGCGGAUCGACUGGGGCCAUGAGGAAGCUAGCCGCCGGCUUUCUUCUCUCACUCUUCAAGGUGCUGCUCCUGCUUUUGACACCCGCCCCAGCCCAGGAUUCAAUUUCGGCCUCCACUCCAGGCAGCCCUCUCUCUCCCACGGAAUAUGAACGCUUCUUCUCACUGCUGACCCCAACCUGGAAAGCAGAGACUACUUGCCGUCUCCGUGCAACGCACGGCUGCCGGAACCCCACCCUCGUCCAGCUGGACCAAUACGAAAAUCACGGCUUGGUGCCCGACGGCGCUGUCUGCUCCGACCUCCCUUAUGCCUCCUGGUUUGAGUCCUUCUGCCAAUUUACUCAGUAUCGCUGCUCCAACCACGUCUACUACGCCAAGAGGGUCCUGUGCUCCCAGCCAGUCUCAAUCCUCUCACCUAACACUCUCAAGGAGAUUGACGCUUCCUCUGAUGUCCCUCCCACCACGAUGACCUCCCCCCUCUCAUCUCACGUCACAGCCACGGAACAACAGGCCUUCCAGCCCUGGCCCGAGAGGCUGAACAACAAUGUGCAGGAGCUGCUACAAUCCUCCCUGUCCCUGGGGGGGCAGGAGCAAGGGCAGGAGCGCAAGCAGCAGCAAGGGCAGGAGCGCAAGCAGGAGCAAGGGCAGGAGCGCAAGCAGCAGCAAGGGCAGGAGCAUAAACAGGAGGAAGGGCAGGAGCAUAAACAGGAGGAAGGGCAGGAGCAUAAACAGGAGGAAGGGCAGGAGCAAGAAGAGCAGGAGGAGGAACUGGAGGAGGAGGGAAAGCAAGAGGAAGGACAGGGGGCAGAGCAGGGACUGGAGUCGAUGGCUGGGCUGCAGACAGACCCAAAGCUCAAGUUCCAGUCUGAGUUCGUGUCUUCCAACCCUUCCUCCUUCACUCCCCGGGUACGGGAAGUGGAGUCCACUCCUAUGAUGAUGGAGAACAUCCAGGAGCUCAUUCGAUCAGCCCAGGAAAUGGAUGAAAUGAAUGAGCUGUAUGACGAAGAACCUGUCUGGAAAAAGCCAACCCGUGACAGCCUCCUGCAGAUGCCCCACGUAGAGGCCUUGCUGGUGCUGUGCUACUCUAUUGUGGAGAACACCUGCACCAUAACGCCCACAGCCAGGGCCUGGCAGUACAUAGAGGAGGAGAUCCUUGGUUUCGGGAAGCCGGUCUGUGACAACCUUGGGCGGCGACACACAGCCACCUGUGCCCUCUGUGACUUCUGCUCCCUGAAGCUGGAACAGUGCCACUCGGAGGCGGUCCUGCAGCGACAGCUGUGUGACAGCUCGCACAAAACACCCUUCAUCAGCCCCCUGCUCAUAGCCCAGAGCAUGUCCAUCGGUACCCAGGUAGGGACCCCAACAUCAGGCCGCUUCUACGGGCUGGAUAUGUAUGGCGGGCUCCGCAUGGACUUCUGGUGUGCCCGGCUGGCUACCAAGGGCUGUGAAGAUAUUCGAGUGUCCGGCUGGCUCCAGACGGAAUUCCUUAGCUUCCAGGAUGGGGAUUUCCCCACCAAGAUUUGUGACACAGACUAUGUACAGUAUCCAAACUACUGUGCCUUCAAAAGCCAACAGUGCCUGAUGAGAAGCCGGGACCGGAAGGUGUCCCGUAUGAGAUGUCUGCAGAACGAGACUUACAGUGUUUUGAGCCAGGCCAAAAGUGAGGACCUUGUGCUUCGAUGGAGCCAGGAAUUUAGCACCUUGACUCUAGGCCAAGCCGGAUGAGCUGGGGUCCGUCCUGUCUCCACCCCAGCCCGACCUUUCCAUAUUCCAUUGCUUUUAGACCCCAUCUGUCAGUUUGCUUCCUGGCUGCCCCUUGUGGGUCUCUUACCUGGUCCCUACUCACAUUGUCCAUGGGUUGGGGCAGCAGUCCCAGAGAGGUCCGUGAUGGGAACUCCACCCGCCUUAAAGUAUGUCUUUACAUAAAGUGUUUAUUUUCAA